UGUCAGACAUUUUUAACCUCUUGCUCCUCUUUAUCUUCCACAACAUCUCCUGUCCUCUUUGACCCUUUUCUUCUCCUAAUCCUUCACUCCUAUUCACACUCUCUACUCUACUUGUAAUAACCUAUGAAUAUCAACUUUUCUUUUUCUUUCAUUUUCUUACUAACAUUUUCUCGGGAAACAAACAUCAGUUUUAAUCAUAACUCAAAGAUACAAACUUUUUAGAGAUAGAGAGAGUUUAAAUGACGACCACCAUUCUCCUCCUCUUUUUCUUGCUUACUGCUGUUUCCUCCUCCACUGUCUACCGCCACCGCCACCGCCACCUCCUCCACCAGCCUUUCUUUCCGCUUACCAACACUCUCCCGCCGAGCCAGCCACCGUCUUUUUCCCCACAACCACAGCCGCAAACUCAGCUACCUAAAUAUCCAUUCUCAGCAACACCAAACAUUCCUCAAAAACCAUUCUUUCCCACGCUUCCAUCUCCACCUCCGCCACCAACUGUAACCACAUUAGCCACUUUUCCGGCCAACAUUUCUUCUCUUCUCCUCCCACACCCCGCUUCCACCGCCACCUCCCACCGCCACCUCAUCAUCACCAUUUCCGUUUCCCUCUCUCUUCUCUUCAUCGCCAUUCUCUCUGCCAUCUCCGCCUUCUACCUCUACCACUCCCGCCGCCACAACACCACCACAACCACCGAAAAAACCCCUCGUUCCGACAGCCUCCGCCUCUUUCCUCCCAACACCGUUCAUUCCGACGGCUCCCCAAAGCCGCCAAAGCUUCCCCCACGCCCGGAUGUUCCUAACACCAGCUCAGAGUUUCUUUAUCUGGGCACCUUAGUAAACUCAACAACCACCGGAAUCAAUGAGUAUCACCGUCAAAAGGGUCCGAAUUUGAGUAAUCCCGGCGUGUCAUCUUCACCUUAUAUAAAACUUGGUUCACCAGAGCUGAAACCAUUGCCACCAUUGCCUAAGCUUAACUAUACACCACCUUAUAGAAGUGGUGAAGUACUUAUUCAAAAUGUUGUUAAUAUUAAUGAAGAUGAUGAUGAAGAAGAUGAGUUCUUUUCUCCGAGAAGCUCAUCCGGCCGGAGAGAGACUGUUAAUAUUGUUCAAGAAAAUAUUAGUAGUCCGGUGCGUGUUGAGUCUAGUUCAAGAAAUAAUUUUGGUUCCACGAGUUUUAAUUCAAGAACUGCUUCGUAUCCUUAUUCUAAUUCUUGCUCUCCCAAAACUUCCACUAAUGCUAGUCCUGAGAGUACAAAAUCCAAGUCUCCGGUGGCCGGGGAUCGGCCCGUUAAGCGAUCACGGCUUUCCAUGUCUUUAUCUUCAUCACCAUCAGGAGGAGAUUCAGGAAAUACCCGGAACUCGCCGGAGCAAAAUUUGGGCUUUCUUGGGCAGGAUAUGGCUUUUAUGACAGGAUUUGAGAGUGUUAACAGAGAAUUUUUGGCUGAAAAGGUUCCACCACCUCCUCCUCCGCCUCCACCGCCGGGGUUUUGGGAGUUUCCUGAGGGAGUGGCUAGAGAUGUGAAUUUUGAGAGUUCGGGUCCUCCUGUUCAUGUUACUCCCUCAAGGACAGUUUUGGUUACAAGUUCAUUGCCAGGUUUGGUUAAUGAGCAGUCUCAGAUUAACUCAAGUAUUGAGAGGAGUGAAGAGACUGUAAAACCAAAGUUGAAGGCUUUACAUUGGGAUAAAGUUAGAGCUAGCUCGGAUCGCGCAAUGGUGUGGGAUCAGAUUAAGACCAGCUCUUUUCAGUUAAAUGAGGAAAUGAUCGAGACUUUGUUUAUGGUAAACCAUUCGAAUUUGAAUGGUAAGGAUUACGAUGGACGGCGGCAGUCUCUUACAUUGCAGAACCAAGAGAAUCGUGUGCUUGACCCGAAGAAAUCUCAGAAUAUUGCAAUAUUAUUGAGGGCACUUAAUGUGACCAUUGAUGAAGUAUGCGAGGGCCUCUUGGAAGGCAAUUCAGAUACACUAGGGACAGAGCUCCUCGAGAGCUUAUUGAAGAUGGCUCCAACUAAAGAAGAAGAACACAAACUAAAGGAGUUCAAGGACGAAUCACCAUUUAAGCUAGGUCCUGCUGAGAGGUUUCUCAAGGCGGUGCUUGAAAUUCCUUUUGCAUUCAAGAGAGUUGAUGCAAUGCUUUAUAUUGCUAAUUUUGAUUCAGAAGUUGAAUACCUGAAAAGGUCUUUUGAGCAUUUGGAGGCAGCUUGUGAAGAAUUAAAAAGCAGCAGAAUGUUCAUGAAGCUUUUAGAAGCAGUACUCAAGACUGGGAACCGCAUGAAUGUUGGAACCAACCGUGGCGACGCCCAUGCCUUCAAGCUUGACACACUACUUAAGCUGGUUGAUGUUAAAGGAACCGAUGGGAAAACUACUCUUCUCCAUUUUGUUGUGCAGGAAAUCAUCAAAUCUGAAGGUUCUCGUCUAUCUGAGCCAAAUCAGAAUCAAACAGCUGAGAGAACUAUCACAUUCCAAGAUGAUGUUGAAUUUAGGAAGCUUGGUCUACAAGUUGUCUCGGGUUUGAGUGGAGAGCUCAGCAAUGUAAAGAAAGCUGCAGUUAUGGAUUCUGAUGUGCUUGGUAAUGAAGUUGCGAAACUUGCCACUGGAGUUAUGAAAGUUACGGAUGUUCUGAAACUAAAUGAAGAAAUUGCACUAAAAGAGAGUAGCAGGAAGUUUUCAGAAUCAAUGUAUGCAUUUUUGAAGACGGCGGAGGAAGAAAUUGUAAGGAUUCAAGAACAGGAGGCCCAUGCUCUCUCUUCCGUGAAGGAAAUAACCCAGUAUUUCCAUGGAAACUCCGUAAUGGAAGAAGCACAUCGGUUCCGGAUUUUCAUGGUGGUAAGGGACUUUCUAUCGAUUCUCGAUCAGGUGUGCAAAGAUGUUGGAAAGAUCAAUGAUAGAACUAUAUACAGUUCAGCACGGCCUAUGCCUAUAAUUUCAAAUCUUCCACCAGUUUUCCCUCUUUUUAAUGGAAGGCAGCAUUAUAGCUCGUCUGAUGAUGAAAGUUCAUCAUUCUCUUGACUGAAAUCUGCAGAGUAUCACUAGGAUGAUGCCUUUCAGAAUAUCACGAUACGUUCUUUUUGUAUCUAAACGUAUUGGUUUACGAGAUUUUGGAUCUGUCUACUUCAUAUGUAAUAUAUUGAUCUAUGCCAGGACAUAAUAAGUUACACCCAAUGAUCGGAUAGUCGAACUUAUCAUGUAAAUUUAUUAGCUGAAUUGAUAUCUCAUUCAUCUGAAUCUUUUAGAAGUUAAA